AUGUACAUAAGUGGGCCAACUCACACUGUGAACAUCAUGCCAGCUACGGGUGCCAGGUUGCUUCCCCGGGCCUCUGACAGCACAUCUACAGACAACGACUACUGCUAUGGGUUAAGUUGUGGAAAUGAGUGGGUAUGGGCUCGCUGGAUUCUCUUCGUCUUCUUUCUGCUUGCCAUAGCCGCACUCGCUCUAACUGCUGUCAAGGUGAACGGAAAACGACUUAGACUGGGUCAGCGGCCUAUCGUAGGCACUAGUUGGUUUACGCCUCCCACGUAUCGCCAGUCUGAAAGACAAUAUCGGAGUACUACGCAAGACUAUGUGCCGGUUUAUACAGAGACCGCGAAUGCAAAUGACAUGGGCUAUUACGAUAAUCAGGGCAUCUUCCAUCUGAACAGCAAAGCCGAGAAUAUGGACCCUCCACCCCCGCUAGACUCUCGGGAAAUCAGUGUAAAUCCUCAAGCGCCGGCCGCAGCUAUUACCAGAGAUAAUGAGAGUGUCCGAAGCCACUCUAUUGAUUUUUCUCGGGAUUUCCACCAGUACUAUCGUGGCACAGCGGCCGGACAAAGCGAUACAGGAUUCGAUGGGAACUCCAGUACGACACCUCCUCAAGGUGUGCCGGACCCUAAUUUCACGUUUUCUGAAAUGCAGCAGGUACCCGAGAGACCGCAAAAAGCUUCUCAACAUCGCACCUGA